AUGCAACAGUAUCGUUUACACGGUCCUGCUACUUUUGCAGCCUCUGUAUGCGGAAUAGCAUUCAUUGCUCUGAUUAUAAUAUUUCCGGUAAUCCUGAAUGAUAUAGCACAAAUGGAAGAAGAAUUGACUUUACAUCGCGAUCAAUAUCAAACUUUAUCUAAUACAAUUUGGUAUUAUUUGAUGCAAGAAAGUGAUCAGUUACGAUUAACUCGUUCGGUACGACGAAAUAGAUCACAAUAUGGUGGUGGGGAAGAAAAUGGUGAUAAAAGAGGUAUAGAAGAAGGCAGAGAUGGAUAUGGAGAGGAAGGAAAUGGUGGAAGGAAUGGACCUGAGAGUAAAAAGAUACCAAACGGUGUGAAAGGUCAAAAUGGCUGUCCACGUGGACCAACUGGGCCACCUGGUGAACCGGGUGAAAGAGGAGAGAAUGGCAUGGACGGUCUACCUGGCAAGGAAGGUGUUGCAGGCAUGUAUGAAAGUCCGAAAGAAGGCCCAUGUGCACAGUGUCCGCCAGGACGACCUGGUUUACCAGGCUAUAAGGGAAGAAGAGGACCACGUGGACCAUUUGGCAAAAAAGGAGAGCCUGGAAAGCCUGGACGUGAUGGAGAGGCAGGCGAAGAAGGACCUGAAGGUGAUGUUGGCCAACCUGGGCCACAAGGACCUCCUGGUGAAAAUGGUGAACCCGGGCAAGAUGGUUAUAUAUAUGCUCGCGGCCCACCUGGAAAAAAAGGCGAUGCUGGACCAAGAGGACCAGAAGGAGAUCAAGGUCCACCUGGCGAACGAGGUGAUGAAGGCGAAAUAGGAUUGGCUGGAGAACCUGGUCGUCCUGGACCAACAGGAGUAGAAGGACCAAUGGGCAUUCCUGGGCCAGUCGGAGAACGGGGAAGAAUGGGUGCCGAUGCUGAAUAUUGUCCUUGUCCGGUACGAAAUGGUAAGGGAAAUGAUGCCGGAUAUGAUUUCAAGCAGCCAUCGGAUAAAGUUGAAAAAGAUGGUAAAAGACCGGCAGGUAUUUACGGGAAAAUUGGGCCAGAAAAAAAUUCCCAAGAGUUGACAAGAAUUACCGAUAAUCCACCAGCAAUACGUCCACAAAGUGGUAAAUAA